UAUUUGACGUUCUUUCAUUUUCCGUUGCCCAAGGAGGGGAUUUACGCGAAUCUAUCACGUUAAUCACUUACACAUCGUUUUAAUUAAACUGUACAUUAACGUUAUCAAUCUGGAAGUCUUACAAGUGACCCGCGGGGACGCCGAGAUGACGUCUGUGGCCAGGAGAAGAGACCCUGAUGACUCUGGAGAGUAUUCCGACACCUCGCAAGAUAUCGAGCAGAACAACUCUGGAAAUAACGGAGGCCAGCAUGAAUCUGAUUACGACUCUCAGGGAAGUGACUCGGAGAGGUCUGAUGGUGAUCCUGACAAACAGGAGGGCGAGAGACGUGUAGAUGAUGAUGAAGACCGUAGCAAUCCCCAAUAUAUUCCUAAAAGGGGGACAUUCUAUGAACACGAUGAUCGAACUGCAGAUGGUGGCGAAGAACCGAGUAAUACGACGUCGGAGCCCGCCUCAGAAAAGAAGGAAGGUAGCGAAACGUCGUCCGACCGACGUCGACCGCCGCGCAAAUCCGAAACACUGAAUAAAUGGUCGCACGAUAAAUACAACGAGAACGAGCAGGUGCCGAAGUCCCGUGACGAACUUGUCGCUAUAUACGGGUACGAUAUUAGAAACGAGGAUGCGCCGCCACACGCCAGGCGCAAUAGGCGUUAUGGUCGCGGGCCGAACAAAUAUACACGCACAUGGGAAGACGAAGAAGCGUACAAGAGGCAAGUAGCCCAAACUCCUCACAAGAAACCACCAAGUCCUGCAGACUUCCCUGAGCUCAACGCAGUUAAUAAACCUGGAAGAAAACCUCGUCCACGUCAAAGGUCAAAGUCUCAGCCGGCAUCUAACGACUCAUCUGAGAGUGGCUCGCAGUUGCGAAGAAAUGCCUCUAUAAAGAUACCCAAUACUAAACAGAAGCCUAUUAAACCAAACGUGGUGAAACCGGGACCGAAGCAAGGGGUGCCCUCGGAACGAAGCAAGGACAAGAUACAUAUACCUUUGGAGAACCUUACUAUCACCACAACACUUAAUAAUAAUAACCAAGGUCAACCCCAGCGGAAGGUGAAUGCAGCGGUGGCUCAACAGCGACCGGUGCCUACCGAGUUGAACAAGAAGAAACCGCUUGUAACACAGCCACAGCUUCAGAGUAACGCGGUGAAGCAGCCGCCGCAACAGCAAAAGCCGUCAUCACAACAACAUGCACAACAACCGCAGCAGCAACAACAACCGCAGCCACAACAACAACAACAGCAACAAGCGACGGCCGGAGAAUCUCGUGGUGGCAGCAAGCGUUACAGCAGUCUGCGUCAAAGGCCGCUAGCGGAGACUUAUUCCCCGCAACAACAGCCGCCUCAGACACAAAAACCGCCGCCGCAGACACAACAACAGCAGCCGCCGCAGACACAACCGCCGACACAACCUCCACCACAACAGCAGCAGACACAGCCGGCGCAACAGCAACAACAACCGCCGUCCCAACAACAGCAUAGAUAUCAUGGUGAGUUUGUCGGCGGAACUCAGCCGCCACAGCACCAAGGCAGCCCGGGACCUCAAAAUAUGCAUCCCCAACAGAUCAUGCAUCCGGUACACAGGAAUGCAGUAACGCAACCUCCACACGGGCCGUCGCCGCCGCACCAAACCUUACAGCAGCCUCCUCAGCACACGCAACAGCAAGUUAGACUCGGAAUACUGGAUCAGCAGCAAAUAGUCCAGCAUCCACAUCACACAAUGCACAACAUGCCUCAACCACACCCUAUAGGUCAGUUACAACCCGCACAGGGAUAUGCGCCGCCGGCAAUGCUACCGGCGCAAUAUAUGCAGCAAAGUGGUAGCGGCGGCGUGUUCGGAGCAGCCCCCAUAUACCAACCACCGGCGGCAUAUCCCCACCAGCUUUAUCAGCACCAUAACUAUGGCACGCAAGCGGGCGGCGUGACGUACUACAGUUGUACGGAGCAAGAUCUGCCACCGCGACAGCCGCGGCGUCCCACCGCAGCCAUCCCUAUCGUUCGGCCUGCACAUUCUGAGCGGCAGGUAAAUUCCUCUGAAAAGGACAACAUAGAUCGAAUUGUUGAAAACAUGUUCGUACGGAAGCCUUGGCCCGCCCAUGGUUCCGACGGACCGAAGGAUAGGGCUCAAGAAAACAGAAAUUCCCAAGAACCACAAAGUAAGGAGCCCUCCCAACCUAACAGCUUAACAUCAAGCUCAAUAUCAACAGACUCAAAACCGGAGAGGACGGAAAAAACGGAGAAAACGGAAAGUGAGAACCCCGAUAGUGCGGAAGCCUGACAGGUAAUGUAUGAAUAUUAUAACAGGAGAUAAUUUCUUGUACGCCGUGCGAGUAAACGACAACUUUGUUAUCAAGAACUCUUAUGAUUUUAAGCCGAAUUUUCAAAGGAACCCGUAAAAAAGGCGUUAAACAUCAUGUCUAAUAUUAGCAGAAAAUCUUGUACCUAUGUUUCCUUGUACUUAAUCAUGGACGAUAAAAAAGUGGCUUUUUGUAUCGUCCACCACGCCAAGCCACGCCCAUUUUAUACGCAUUGUUUAUCUGCAAUUUCGAAUCUUUACAGUAGUUCAAAGUUAAAAAAAAACGAUAAAAUAUCUUAUUGAGGCUUAUCAAUUUAAUACGUUGUUUAAUCCAAUAACGUAAAUAUUUUUUAAAUACCACGACCACGACUUUUUUAUUUAAUUUUGGUCACGCGGUUGUUGGUAACUUUAAAUUCUCUAGCUUAUAAGUAGUUAGUUUAAAUUUAAAAUCAAUAACAAAAUUCGACCCGAACACAUACGGCAAAGGGAUUUAUUGUUUCUGCAUAAUGAGAGUAAGAAAAGUUAGUUAGUUAAUUUCUUCACUUCCAUAUCCUGUAACUUUUAUACAUCGCGACACUCGCCAAGUGGCUCUCUCACAUCCUUUUAGAUUAUUCAUAUAUAUUCAUUUUGUGUUUAAAGUAGUGCAUUCAAAUGUAUCCAAAUGUAUCCCACAUUUGGAUAAUGCACUACUUUACUAAUCUAAAGUCAUAAAAAUAAUGAUAUGGGGUAAUUUAAAUGUCGCAGAAUCUAAAUGCUGCAGAUUUUCAUGGGCUGUGACUGUAACUAACAUACCUGUCACUUAAAUUUUUCACUAUUUUAUAUAUAAAAAUACUCGAGAAUUUAGUUCCGAGCUGAAAGGUUCGAUUAUCUUAGAACGGCAGCGAUAAUGUGAGAAUCGCGAAGCUUUCUGAUUGGCUCACUCUAAUAUUAGACGCGAUGUUCCACUAUUGGCUUAUUUUAAAUUAUGCCACCAUAUGACCUAUUGAUUUAAAAGUUUAACUAAUAUUCAGACAUUUGAUUGCGUUAUGUUGUUUUUUUUCCAAAUUAUAGUUGUCUUUCCAGCUCGCACGGUACUAAAAGAUGGUCUGUUAAAAAGAUGUUUGGUCUCUUUUAUGAAAAGGGAAAUUAAAGAGCAAUAAAAAGAAUACGUAAUUUUUCUACAAAUUUUACUUAUAGAUGUGUGUGUAUCCGUACUAUGUGAUAGUGAAAACACUACUAGGCCCUAGCUCUUUUCAUCAUAAGGAAUUAAAAAGUAAGAUAAUGAAUUAGACACAGGAUAAGUAUGUAAGGUGACCAUCUUUUUAUUGAACAAGAAUAGACUUUUCUAAAUACUAUUUUGGCUGUGUUUAGCUAUUUUCAGGGUUUGAUAGUAAACAAUUUUAAAAUUAUUAUAGUAGUACCAAAAUGUUUAUCUCCUAAUAGAAAACUAGAUUCACAACUCAAAAAUGGAAAUCUUUCUUGUCAGAAAAGCCAAAGUAAAAUGAGAUUAUUUUAAUA